AUGUCGACACUCACGAAUGUCACUUGGCUGAAUCUACUAUGUCUUGCUGGUGUAGGAGUCUACCUGGUAAAGCAGGUGUUCAGAAAGAAGCCUGCACCAUAUCCCCCUGGUCCUCCAGGGUUUCUCCUUGUUGGGAAUGUCCUAGACAUGCCUAAAAUAAGGCCCUGGCUCACCUUCGUGGAGUGGGGCAAGAAGUAUGGCGAUAUCUCUCAUAUCCAGGUUCUAGGUCAGCACUUCAUAGUGUUGAAUUCUUCCAAGACUGCGAUGGACAUGCUGGAUAAGAAGAGCUCGAUCUACUCCGACCGUCCUGUUCUGCCAAUGGCUGGCGAACUUGUUGGCUGGAAGCAUAUGCUGGGUUUUUCUCCUUACAGCGACCGGUUUCGUCGGUAUCGCAAGGACUUUCACCGCGCCAUUGGCACCCGCGCUGCAAUGGACGCCUAUAGCUCAAUCGAGGACAUUGAGACUCGCAAAUUCCUCAAGCGUGUGCUUACGAAACCUGAUCACACUGCUGGCGCUAUCAUUCUCAACGAUCCCUUCGUCGAUAUUGCGGACCGCGCUCUUGAGCAAUUCUCGCUGGCCACUGCUCACGGUGCCUUUAUGGUUGACAUUAUACCACUCCUGGCCAAGAUCCCUGAGUGGUUUCCUGGUGCUGGCUUUAAGCGCAUAGCGUGUGAGUGGCACGAGACUGUCGAAGAAAUGGUUUCCGGACCCUACAAUUUCGUCAAAGCUCAGAUGGCUGCGGGUAUUGCCCCGAAGUCUUUCACCUCAUCUCUGUUGGAAGGCCAAGAUCUGACUUUGGAAGAGAAUGACCUGGUAAAAUGGUCCGCUUUGUCUCUAUACGGCGGUGGUUCCGACACAACUGUAUCAGCAAUAUAUGCGCUCUUUCUAGCUAUGACACUUUUUCCUGAUGUGCAGAAGAAAGCUCAGGCUGAAAUAGAUGCUGUUGUCGGUCCUGAUCGUCUUCCCUCCUUUGCCGACCGCGCCUCCCUCCCUUAUAUCGAGGCGCUUGCCAAAGAAGUACUGCGCUGGAAUUCUUUACCAAGCGGUAUCCCUAUGUCAGGUUUUGUCCACCGUGUAACUGAGGACGACAUCCACGACGGGUACUAUAUUCCAAAAGGUUCCCUUAUUAUACCCAACCAAUGGUUCAUGCUCAACAACCCGGAGACAUAUGCUAAUCCCUCGCAAUUCAAUCCUGAACGCUUUUUGGCCAAUGACGGAAAGAAGCCAGAGACAGAGCCCCGCACAAUCUGCUUCAGUCUCCUUCUCGCUGAAGCCUCCGUUUGGAUAUCUGCUGCAAUGUCAUUGGCCGUGUUUGAUAUCUCAAAGGUCGUCGAGAACGGUGUUGAGAUCACCCCCGAGGUUGACCCCUCAUCAGUCACGAUCAGUCACCCCAAGCCCUUCAAGUGCUCUAUUAAGGCCCGCUCGGCAAAAGCCAUCGCGCUCAUUCAACAGGAUGCUAACUACUGA